AUGUUCCUCGAGUACUGCGAAAUUGCCACCCCCACCGAAUUCUCAUUCGUCUACAAGCCUGAGGCCGACUCCUUCCUGCUGCUCUCGGUCCUGCAGGAGGACGUGCCCAGCAUGGAGGGAGUCCGUUGGUGCCUGGCCGCGGACAUCAGCGUUGACGCUUGCCUGAUGACCCAGCGAUACUCGGCCUUCCACGGAGUGAACAACAUCGAUACCGUCCUUUCAGACGCAGGCUCAGGAAUUUCUGGAUUCUUUGACCUCGUGAUCAUCAACCCUCCCUACGUGCCCACAGAGGUGGAUGAGCACGCAGGGUUUCAUGCGAGACUGCCGGAAAAGCUGCGGGCCUGGGCCGAGAAGAAGGGAGAUUACGGGCUGGGCGACGGGGGCAACCUGGUCGACUUAUCCUAUUCGGGCGGCGUGAGGGGGAUGGAAGUGACCCGGCGCAUGCUGCGACACGGGCUGUCAUGCCUCAGCCCUGAAGGCUCGCUGUAUCUGUUCGCAAUCGAUGAGAACGACGAGCAGGAGAUCCUGGCCUUAGCGGAGGGACACGGCAGGAGAGUGCAGACCAGGGCGAGCAAGAAGCGGCCGGGCGAGCGGCAGAAGGUGCUCAGGCUGUCCUGA